AUGGCCACCACUCCCCGGUUUAAAGGGGGAGCGGGGUGCGUCACUUUCCCAUCAACCCUUCUGUAGCUGCAAUCAGGGUCGCUUGCAGCGAUUUGAGGGAGGGGAGGCUGCUGGCCGGAGCGCUGGGGCUCUGAAUGGCUUAGAGCCGGGGACCCGGUAGCCAGGAUGCCUGGGUCCUCUGGGGAGGAGGGAGCGGGGCUGCAAUAGGUCGUGGCCGGGAGCUGUGGGGUUCCCCGGGAGGAGGCGAGGCGCGCGAGGGAAGCCAUGUGCAGACAAGGGAGAGAGGGCUUCAUUGUGGCGCUGCUGCAGAGGGGCACGCUGAAGAGCGCUUGGAGGGUGCACAGCUGAUCUUUUUUUCUUUUCUUUUUGGAGGGGGAGGCUUUUCAAGAUUUCUUUUGAUCCGUUAAAGGGCAGCAAUGCAGCAUCGGAGUGUUGCUUCCAGGGAAUACUGGAGAGUAGUAGAGUGGGUGCAUGGACAUCUGAGGGGAGAGAGGAGUUGCAUUAUUGUUUGUCCAGAGCUGGCGGGGUGGUAGGCAGAUAGGUUUUGGGAGGCUGCGUGCAAUAUUUUUGGAUGCUGGAAAUUUUGGGAGGCAGGUUACUUCUGGGGGGGGGUGUUUUAUUAUUGUUCUGCUGCACUGGGGCUAGUUGGGGGGUGGGGUGGAGGAUGCUGGCCAGUUUGUGAUCUACCGAGGUGGUUGGGGAAUGGUCUCCGUUAGGGGACGCAGUUUGGGGUGCUGUACCUUUCUCCAGAGGAUAACCAGUGAAUUGGGGACAGGGGCUGAUCAUAGGAGUGGAUCUGUGAAAAGUCCCCAUUAACCUUUUGGUGGGUUAAAUCCUAUGCUGGGGUAAGAAUACUUUCAUAUGGGAUUGUUGCAAUUCUGUGGAAGUUAUUCUAUUCACGUGGUGGGUACGUAUUUUCAUCUGAGAAAGAUUAGGUUUUGAUAAGGUUGACUUCCUCCAAACCUUGACUUAAAAAAAACAACACCAACAGUAUCAUCAAUCCUACAUUGAUGAGGUGCUGGAGGAAUUUUUAGAGGGUGCAAUCACAUCACACUUUUUUGGGAGGGAGGGUUGUGUGUACUACUUAACUCACCAAGUGUGACCUCUUAAUUUUGUAGGGAUGCUCUAAUACAAGGACGUAAAUAUACUGUGUGUGUUCCCCGCAGAUAUACCACUGGUUUCAUUGUAUUAUAUGAAGGUGGUUAUUCAGUAGAACCUGUAUUUGAGUAGGUAUUUAACUGUUAAUAGGGUAGGUUGGUCAGGGAAGUGCCCCUUCCCCAUUAUAUUAGAACUUGGGAGGGACGUCUAGAGGUGACCUAACUUUUCAUGACAUCCCGUUAAUUUCCAGGAUUUGAUUGCAGAUUGUAGAAGUGUUUUCUGCAUUUCUGAGUCGUUUCUUUCCUUUUUGGAAAUCUACUAUUGUCCGAGAAGAGGGGUGUAUAUGCCGUCAAGGGAUAUCGAAGUUAGAUGAUCUCAUUAUAAGAGAACUUGGGGUGGAGCGACGUAACGAAGAACCAUAUUCCUUUGGGGGGAGGAGGGCGUUAUGUGUAUCUGGAUUAUUUGGAGGUCACACUGAACUGGAAGGAAACCGGAGCAGCUACAUGAGGUCAAUGUUCAACAGGUUAAUUUCUUCUUGACAAAGUGCUCUCAAACUCCGGAGCAACUUAAAUAUCAGUUUUCUCGGAAAUAAUACAGGGGGGGGGUUCUUUCCACCCCCUGAUGCUGCCCCAAGCCAUGUCGGCUUUUGGGGAUGCCCAUGAGUGGUAUAUGGGGGCUCUGAGCCGGCAGGAAGCAGCUGCCUGUCUACAGGGACACCGCCAUGGAACCUUCCUGGUACGGGACAGCACCACGUGCCCCGGCGACUACGUGCUGUCCGUCAGCGAGAACUCCAAGGUGUCUCACUACAUCAUAAACAGCCUCCCCGGGCGCCUGCGGAUUGGGGAGCACGAGUUUGACGGCUUCCCUGCUCUGCUAGAUUUCUACCGCCUCCACUACUUAGACACAACCACUUUGGUAGCCCCCGUGGGACGGGUUGUGGCGCCCGCCUCUGCCCAGCCGCCUCCCGCUGGGGAAUGGGUCCGUGCUCUCUAUGACUUCGUCGGCCGCGAUCAAGAAGACCUCCCCUUCUCCAAGGGGGAACCCCUGAGGGUGCUGGCCAAGCCGGAAGAGCAGUGGUGGACAGCGCAGAGGGCCGAUGGGCGUGUGGGCAUGAUCCCCGUGCCGUACGUCCAACCCUGUCCGUACGCCCACCCGAGCAGCCACGGUGCCCCCCGCCAUGCUCCGGUCAUAGCGAGAGCAGUGCAGCGAAGGGUGCCCGGUGCCAGCGACAAGACGGCGCUGGCCUUCGAGGUGGGUGACCUCAUUGCUGUCACCAAGAUGAAUGUCAACGGCCAAUGGGAGGGGGAGCUGAACGGGCGCCGUGGCCAUUUCCCCUUCACCCACGUCAAGGUCCUGGACCCUGAAGAAGCCAGCUGAACAUUUGAUGAUGUAACCCAUGGAACGUUGACUUUCCCUGCAGUGGGGCACGACCCUUGAACUCUGACCCACACUUGUGAGCUUCUGACCUUCUCGGACAUUGUACUUCCUUGAAUUUUGACCUACCCGGUGGAUGUUAUUGAUCAUCCGGUUCAUUGAUUCUCAAGCUCCUUGGAGAUGGACCUUUUCUACCACUUUUGACUCCUUAACCCAUGAACCUUGUUUCUUGACUCGCUGUUCUUAAAAUGCUGUGGUAGUUGAACCCUAUAAACUUUUGACUCUUUACAGGGACCCGUUCAUAUUUCCUCCCUAGAAACAUUGA